AUGGCGGACUCUAGCCCCCCGAGAAAGAAUUUCGACCUGAUCAAGCGCGGCGUCAAGAAACCCAACGUGCCGGGCACCCUCACCUUCAUCGGUCUCCGCGGCCUCGACCCGUUUCUGCAAUACCAGCUCAUCGCCGGCGGCCUGGGCGCCUCCAUCCUCGGCCGGAUUGGCGUGCGCUCCAUCCCCUUGGACGUCGCCGCGCUCUCCACGACGGCCAUCUCCAUCCUCGACAACCUCAGCCUCCCACUGCCGCACCUCAUCCUCCUCGGCAUGUCCGUCGGCUCCUUCGCUAAGCAUGCCUACUGGCUCGUCUUCCUCUCGGCCGAGGAGUUCCCCGUCUCCAACGCCAUCCCCGUGAGCUUUUACAACACCCUCGUCAACAGCGCCAACUCGCUCCUCCUCAUCGCCGCCUCCACUUCCGUCCUCAACUCGCCCCGUUACUUCCCGGGCACUGCCCUGCCCUACCAGGUCGUCCUCGGCAGCGCCCUCUACGCCGUUGGCAUGUUCCUCGAAACCGCCUCCGAAUGGCAGCGUAAGCAGUUCAAGGACAGGCCCGAAAACAAGGGCAAGGUCAUCAAGAGCGGCCUCUGGAGCUGGGCGCGCCACAUCAACUACGGCGGCUACGCCAUGUGGAGGGCUGGGUACUGCAUGGCCGCGUCGGGUUUCAUCGGCGGCACCAUUAUGGGCGUUUGGCAGGCAGUCGAUUUCCUCACGCGCGGUGUGCCGGCGUUGAAUGAAUACUGCUCGAAGCGGUACGGCGAGCAGUGGACGCAAUUCAAGAAGGAGGUGCCAUGGGUGUUGAUCCCGGGCAUCUACUGA